AUGCGUUUGGCAUAUAGUCGUAACGCGAUAUCGAAUAAGACCGUAAAUCAUAGACAUGGUAAAAUGGAUUGGUUACUUACUAGGUCUCAGUUGACAAUACAAAUAUCUAUUUUGGACCUCAUUUGUAUUCAAGAUCAUACGCACUCUUCUAAUUUCGAACUCAAAAGUUAUGAACCCUUUUGUGGAUCGCCGAAAUCAUUUGAAUUACGAAGCACAUACAAAUGCUUCUGUUCUUUUUUCUGUUUGCCAUUUGUGGCAACAAUUUUAUUUACCAGCUUCACAAGUUCAAACAGCAAUGUAUAUAUUCAACCAAAUGAUGCAGUUUCAAGUCAGAAUGCAAACUUCACUCCUGGUUAUGCAUACGUUGAGUCGUUAUUGCCCGAUGAUGUCAUCCUUGAGGAUACAUGGCGAUAUAGACCCUUUCCAGGUAUACAAAUACCCGUUGUUCGAUCACCCUAUCCAACUUUUGGAUCACCAUGGCCAUUACCACAGUUUUGGUCAUCAUCCUUCUGUUAUCAUACUGUAGAUUCGAAAAAUUUCCAUUUUCAAUUGAAUGAAGUUUCGAAUGAUAUUUUAAAAUCGGCCGUAAAUCGAUACACUUAUAUCAUACAUAAUAAACUUGGCUUUGGUGUCUACCCUAAACUAUGGCAACACGAUGAGGGCAAUUUAUCCACGUAUUUAUUUGAAAACUACCAAUCGAAAUGUGGGAGAACCCUUAGGAAAACUAGUAACAGUGAUAAUCAUAUUAAUAAUCCCAACAAAAGAGCCAGUGGACAUCGCCCAUCACGUCGUUCUUACACUUCAUCUUCCGGCUUUUCCACUCCUGAUUCUUUGAAUAGUAACUAUUUACCGCAUCACUAUAUUGCUGAACAAAUAGCUUGGUUGAUAAAAAAAUACAAAUUAUCCUCAUCCACUAUCUUAUAUAACAGGAUUCAAAAGUAUGCUUUAUUGCAUGUGGUAAAGUCUGGUUCAUCAUGGCCUCAUAUCGAUAUGGAUGAAUCAUAUAUUUUAGGUGUUUCACAAAAUGGAAUUCUCAUUGUUGCUAACGAAACAUGGGGUGUUUUAAGAGCCUUGGAAACUUUAAGUCAAUUGAUGUGGACUACAUCAGAUCAUUCUCACGUUUUUAUUAAUCAAACGUAUAUAGAAGAUUUCCCUCGUUUCAAACAUCGUGGAUUAAUGCUUGACACUUCUAGGCAUUUUAUGAGUAAAUCUGUUAUUCUGUUAAACUUGGAGGCUAUGAGUUACAAUAAACUGAAUGUCUUUCAUUGGCAUAUGGUGGAUGAUCAAUCAUUCCCUUAUCAAAGCAAUGUGUAUCCUGAACUUUCAGCUAAAGGUGCUUAUCGAAAGGACUUGGUUUAUACCACUGACGAUAUUGAUGAGAUUUUGGAAUUCGCUCGAUUUCGUGGUAUUCGUGUAAUUCCUGAAUUUGAUAUACCAGGUCAUACUCGAAGUGUAUCCUUAUCACAUCCAGAAAUCAUGUCUCAGUGUUACUAUAACUCCCAGAAGACAGCGUAUUUCGGUCCACUUAAUCCAGCUGUGAAUAGAACAUAUACAUUUUUAGAAAAUUUAUUCAACGAAAUAUUUCGCUUAUUCGUCGAUGAUUAUGUUCAUCUAGGUGGUGAUGAAGUAGAAACUAUAUGUUGGGAACGGGAUCCUCAAAUCACUCAAACGGAACGGUAUUCUGCUCAUUUCAAUCCAAAUUUUUGGAAUAACUACUUUUGGAGACGUGUCCAGAAUUUGGUCACCAGAAUAGGUAACAGCAGUCCUGAUUUAAGGCGGAAUUUAAUUGUAUGGCAAGAUGUUCUGAAUCAUGUUACCGAGGUUAAAAAAACACUAUUGAUACAAGUCUGGAGUACUUCACCGACUUCGUUUUUAUCUCAAGGACAUAAUAUUAUUUAUUCAACCUGUUGGUAUUUAGACUCGCUUAACGAUAUGAAACGUUGGACAGAUUUUUAUCUAUGUGAUCCUGCUAAUGAUGCACCAAUGAAUACUGAACAACAGAUUAUUGGUGGUGAAGCCUGCAUGUGGAGUGAAUACCAAUCGGACUAUACAGUUCUCAUGAGAAUCUGGCCAGCAACAAGUGCUAUUGCAGAGCGUCUCUGGAGUUCUAGAAAUACAAUCGACUUGGUUUAUGCUGGUCCACGUAUUGAAGAACAGAGAUGUCGCCUAAUCAAUCGAGGUAUACCAGCCGGUGUUCUUUUGGGUCCAGGAUAUUGUGAAGGUCGUAAAACUCUGCCAUCAUCAUGGGACAUCAAUGAAAUUGUAUUGGAUGAGCAUAAAAAUAUUAAAACUGGAAUACAACGAGACAAACUGAAUGCGAAUAAUAAUGACUUUAAUUAUAAUGUGAAUGAUAACUGUCAGACAACUAUGAGUGCUAAUCAUUUAUGGAGUAGUAGUAUAGAUCUCUUGAUUGGUAUUCUAAUCGGUGUAUUAAUCAGUUUUGUACUUCGUAAUCGUAAUUUCCUCCUGUUUCGAAAAUGCAGUCGUAACUUCGUACCGAAAUACGCGAUUUGUUCACUUGUUUGUAUACUUCUAUUGGUAACAGUUUGCAUUGAUCGUAAAUAUUCUUCAUUUCCAACUGUUUGGAAUAGAUACUAUCAUGAUUUUGACAAUGUUGAUAAGCGGGACCAAGCUGUGCGUCAACCUGACAAUUACAAAGCAGGAAAAGAUUAUCCAAUAGGUUGA